GAAGAAGCCGCUGGUGGUGUGCCUUGCGCUCAUGACCUACGUGGUGUUCCAGCUGAUGGUGGAGUCCGCGGUGCUGGUGGUCGUCUACACGCCGGUUGUGUGCCUCGCGACGCAGCCUUCGGCGCCGGCGCGCGCCCGCGAGCUCGGUCAAGGCAACACCGAUGUGAUCGAUGGCACGGAGCACGGCCU